AUGUCUCCAAGGGACACAGGUGGAGACCUGCAGUGGUUGGUUGCAUCACUGGGGUCUCCAAAUCUCCAGAACUACAAUAAACUCAGAGAGGACAUAACAACCCAGGCGCUGGACACAGAGAGACACAUGGACCGUAAAGAUUCAGGGGAGAUUACGCUCCCUAGAUUAGUCACCCGUCAGGGCCAGGGCAGUGGACUAGGCCUUCCACAGCUUCUCAUCAUCACCAUGAUGAAACUGAACUUCAUCUCUUCUGGAGUAGAACACAAAGCACAGGGACUGGAGCCCAUAGAGAAGCAAAUACUGCUUUUUUGGGCUGUAGACCACACUCACCACGUGAGACGCUGUUCCAUGAAAACGCCCAGCUAUUGUAAUGUGAAGAAUUAUGAAGACUGGUACAAAGUGGGCAACUCCUGCGUCAUGUAUUUCAACGAAUCGCUCAACUUUACCGACGCUGAGUUCCGCUGCAGGAACGCGGCACCUGGUGGUCACCUGGCGUCCGUGCACAGCAGUCAGGCCAAUGACAAUCUAAACUGUAUCGUGCUCAAGUACAACAAAAAGUCUCCUCGCAUCUGGUUGGGCGGCUUUGAGCUUUUUAAUUCUGGUAAGUGGGUCUGGAUUGAUGGCUCUAACUGGGACUUUCAGGCCUGGGUUCAAGGAGAGCCCAACAAUCAGCACAACAAAGAGGACUGUCUGGAAAUGAACUGGAAAGAGACUGGGAAGUGGAAUGAUGAUUGGUGUCCUAAAAAGAAGAACUUUCUUUGUUCUUUUACCUACUAA